AUGAUUCUUUAUCGACAAUAUGUAGGUAAUAACGUAUAUUCAUCACUUGGUUUUAAAAUAUACCAACUUGUAUUUGAACACAACUUCACAACAUCAAGAUGCUUCAAAGAUGCUGGAGAAGCAAGAAAUUCUAGCGCACCAGGCAAGUUCUCUAUAUUAUAUGAUCUUGAAAACAAAAAGUAUAUCAUGAAAGAUCAUUUUCGACACUUUAUUGCCGAGUAUCCAGAAAUAAAACUUAUCAAUUCAUGGAAACAGAUAAAUUCCCCAACCGAAGAAAAUGAAGUUCCCGGUCAAACUAAUGCAUCAGGAUUUGUUCCAGAUAUCACUGAACUUCCAAUGAAUGGAUGGGGAGGUCUUGUUCGUACCAACAUGCUAGACAUAAAUUAUAAUGUGAAAUUUUCAUAUCUAGACGGAAAUCCAGGUAUUUGGACUUAG